CUUUUCUUUCACCAAGAUCAAUAGAAUGUCGCUGAUUCCGAGCUUCUUCGGUGGCCGACGAAGCACCGUCUUCGACCCAUUCUCCCUCGAAAUCUGGGACCCCUUCUAUGACUUCCCAUUCUCUAUCGCCGCCGUCUCUGCACCGGAGGUUUCCGGCGAGGCGGCGCGGUUCGCCAGCGCGAGAAUCGACUGGAAGGAGACCCCGGAGGCGCACGUUUUCACGGCGGACCUUCCCGGGCUGAAGAAAGAGGAGGUAAAGGUGGAGGUGGAGGAUGGGAGGGUGCUGCAGAUCAGCGGAGAGAGGAGUAGGGAGCAGGAGGAGAAGACGGACACGUGGCACCGGAUGGAGAGGAGCUCCGGGAGGUUUCUCCGGCGGUUCAGGCUGCCGGAGAAUGUGAAGAUGGAUUGGAUAAAGGCUAGCAUGGAGAAUGGGGUGUUGUCUGUGACGGUGCCCAAGGAGGAGGCCAAGAAGACUGAUGUUAAGGCUAUCGAUAUUUCUGGUUAA